CCCAGGCUGGAAUGGGUGGAAAUCAUCGAGCCCCGCACCCGGGAGCGCAUGUACGCCAACCUCCUGACGGGCGAGUGCGUGUGGGACCCUCCGUCGGGCGUGCGGAUCAAACGCACCAACGAGAACCAAUGGUGGGAGCUCUUCGACCCCAACACCUCGCGCUUCUACUACUACAACGCCACCACGCAGAGGACGGUGUGGCACCGUCCCCAGAACUGYGACAUCAUCCCGCUGGCCAAGCUGCAGACGCUGAAGCAGAACACGGAGUCGCCGCGGGCGUCGACGGAGAACAGCCCCGGGCGGAGCAGCAAUGUCAGCCGCGAGGGCAGCACCAGCUCCUCGCUGGAGCAGGAGUUGGAGGGYGGAGAAAAAGGGCAGGAGCAGCGAUCGAUUCGACAGACGGGGCAGUAUUCCACGGUGAAGGAGGAGGUGGAGAGUUCGUCGCCCUCCGGAGUUUUUGAGAAGGAAUACGACAUUUACCGGGAUUACAGUGCCGAGGGGCAGCUCCUGCACUACAGGACAUCGUCUCUGCGCUGGAACGCCGGCGCCAAGGAGCGGAUGCUGAUCAAGGUGACGGAGCGCGAGCCCAGCUUCCUCCUGCACCAGGGCAACGGCUACGCCGCCGACAGCGCCCCCGCCCCGCGCUCGCGCCGGCCCUCGGGCGGCCACCACUCGCCCAACCCGCAGAGCUUCUCCUCCUCCUCGGACGCCGACGGCUCCGUCUUUUUCCCCGACAGGAAGCAGUCGCCGUUUUUGAAGCGGGCCGAGCAUGGCGGCGGUGGUGGUGGUUGCUCGCCGCUGCUUGGCGGCCGCUCGGAACCUUUCUGCUCGCCAUUGCCGGCGGCGCAGCACCGCAAGCACUCGGCCGAGUCGCAGCCGUCGUCGCCGCGCUACGCCUACGAGCCGCCGCUCUACGAGGAGCCGCCGGUGGAGUACCAGGCGCCCAUCUACGACGAGCCGCCCGUGGACAUGCAGUACGAGCACGCCGGCGGCUACAAGGCCGGCUCGCCGCAGAAGUCGCCCAUCCGCAAGCCCCACCCGCAGUUCCUGCAGUCGCCCAAGCAAGGCUCCAACUCGCCCUACCAGCAGCUGGUGCUGACCAAGCAGAAGUGCCCCGAGCGCUUCAUGAGCCUGGAGUACAGCCCGGCCGGCAAGGAGUACGUGCGGCAGUUGGUCUACGUGGAGCAGUCGGGCUCCAGCCCCAAGAUGAAGGCGGGCCCGAGGCACAAAUAUUCCCCCAACCCCAUCGGCGGCUCCUACUCGCUGCAGCACAGCCCCUGCCUGCUGCGGGACCAGCGCCUGGACAUCAAAUCGGGCGACUACAGCAGCAUGGAGGGGCCCCCCGAAUUCUGCGCCAGCCCCGCCGCGGCCCAGGCGGCCGAGGACUCCAUGUCGUGGUCCAGCCAGCAGGACACCCUGUCCUCCACCGGCUACUCGCCCUCCACCAGGAAGAGGAAAAGCCGGAAGCCUUCGGCCGGCCACGAGGCCAACGCCUCGUGCGGGGACGGCUCGGCCGAGCGGGAGGUGCCGGGAGAGGCGGGCGAGGCACCGGGGGCCGGCCGCUCGCCGCUGGGCCGGACGGAGAGCAAGGCGGCCGAGGCGGAGGCGGCCCAGAGGGGCUUCCCGGAGCCGUUCCUGGCGCAGGCGCGGCUGGCCUGGGAGGCRCAGCAGGCCCACUACCACAUGAAGCAGCGCAGCAGCUGGGACUCGCAAAAGGACGGCUCGGGCUACGAGAGCGACGGGGCGCUGCCGCUGCCCAUGCCGGGCCCGGUGGUGCGGGCGUUCAGCGAGGACGAGGCGCUGGCGCAGCAGGAGAGCAAGCACUGGAAGAGGAACACCUUCGAGAAGCUGGGCUUCCCGCAGAUCCUGCUGGAGAAGAGCGUCUCCGUCCAGACCAACCUGGCGUCCCCCGAGCCCUACCUGCACCCGUCACAGUCCGAGGACCUGGGCGCCUGCGCUCAGUUCGAGGCCGGCCGGCCGGCGCGGAACAUGAUGCCGAGCGCCAGCUGCGUCUUCCCCACCUUCAACCUGCGCAAGCCGUCGUCGGAGACGGACAUUGAGAACUGGGCGUCCAAGCACUUCAACAAACACACGCAGGGGCUGUUCCGCCGCAAGGUGUCCAUCGCCAACAUGCUGGCCUGGAGCAGCGAGUCCAUCAAGAAGCCCAUGAUCAUGACCAACGACCGCAACGUCAAGAAGGAGGCGUGCGAGAUCUUCAAGCUGAUCCAGAUGUACAUGGGCGACCGGCGCGCCAAGACGGACCAGCUGAACGUGGCCUUGGAGAUCGCCACCAAAGGCUGGAGCGUGCAGGGGYUGCGGGAYGAGCUCUACAUCCAGCUGUGCCGCCAGACCACCGAGAACUUCCGCUACGAGAGCCUGGCGCGCGGCUGGGAGCUCAUGGCCAUCUGCUUGGCUUUCUUCCCGCCCACGCCCAAAUUCCAUUCCUACCUGGAGGGGUACAUCUACCGGCACAUGGAUCCGGUCAACGACACCAAAGUGACGCGGCACCUGCGGCACCUCCUGGAAAGGACCAAUCAGAAGAAGCCCAAAUUGCGAAAGAAACCCAAGGCCCAAAGCGAGGAGCGCCCGGGGGUGGCCAUCAGCACCUACGCCAAGUACUGCUACAACAAACUGCAGAAGGCGGCGCUGACCGGGGCCAAGAAGGGCCUGAAGAAGCCCAACAUCGAGGAGAUCCGGCACGCCAAGAACGCCGUGUUCAACCCGUCCAUGUUCGGCAGCUCCCUGCAGGACAUCGUGGCCAUGCAGAAGGAGCGCUACCCCGAGCGCCAACUGCCCUGGGUGCAGACCCGGCUCUCCGAGGAGGUGCUGGCCCUCAACGGCGACCAGACCGAGGGCAUCUUCAGGUAAAGCCACCGC